AUGGGUUGCUACUGUUUCUCUUUGACGUGUGUGUGUGUGUGUGUGCUGGGCCUCAGGCGGAAGUCUGCAUUGCUGGAGGAGCAGAGCCAAGAGUUGAGAAGGGCCAAAGAACGACAUGCCCUCAUCUCAACCCUUACCGACAAGGGAGGUGGCUACUUUCUCGUCGGAUGGCGACGAGAACUGGAUCCAGAUGGUUCGAUGGAUGUCGAGUUGAAGGAGCUCGACUGGCACUUGCGACGGCUUGGCCUUCUUGAGCUGAGUGCUCGAAACAUUGUCGGUCCCAGCGCAGAGAGUCUUACCUUGGAGGAUCUGUCUAAGAAGGACGGCGACCUUGUUCGGCGGGUUCGGGAGUGGAUCAAGGAGAAGUUCGGGUCUCCGGCAGACGUCUGGAAUGUCAUCGACGCAAAGCAAACAGGCAGUCUGGACCGAGCAGGUUGGACGUCAUCUUGCUUGGCAGCGGGCUUUGACGGGACCGUCGAAGAGCUACACUAUCUGUUCCAGUUCGUCGACAUCGACGAGGGCGGCAGCAUCAACAAAGAAGAGAUCCUCUUCUUGGAGACGGACAGCCAGGCGAGGGACAAAGCUAUCUUCGAGGAGAAGAUGAAGUCAAAGGGUCAAGUAGAGCGGCUGUGGGCAUCUGUCUACUGGUCAGAGCUGCACAAGGGCCAUUCUCCCUUGAGCAGGACGGCACCGAGGCCGUGGAUGGCCAAAGCUUUUGAGGCCCUUCCGCCGUUGGUUAUCGUACAGCGUCAACAUCGUUUGCGCGAGGCGCGAAGAACGCAGCGGCAGUCGAAGUCAAAGUUCCUGAAAUUCCUGCGCGAGAAGUACGGGUCAUGCGCCCGAGCAUGGAGACGAGGAAUCGAUCCCGAUGGCCAUUUCUUUGCGGACAAGCUGAUUCUUCGGCACUUCUGUCGGCAGCACGAACUUGACUAUCAAGUGCACAUGCCUUCGUUGUGGACGACACUAGAUUCGGACAGCGACGGGAAGAUCAGCCUGCAAGACAUCUCACCGCUCGGUGCAGUAGCUUUGGCUUCCUUCAGGGCUUGGUGCCGAAAGAAGUGUGGGUCUUGCCGCGCUGUUUGGAGUCUUCCCGAGAUGGAGAAAGCCCGUGCUUCUCCACAACUUUCCGGCGACUCGCGACUCAUUUCCGUGAAGAAGAUGCUGAUAGGGCACUUCGUGGAGUCGCUGAAGGCUUUGGGAUGGAUCUGCUCCGGGGAUCAGGCUGAAAUGCUAUCCGCCCUGGACUUCUUCAACGCAGGCUUCGUUUCACAGGCUGACUUGUACUGGCUGGAUACUUGGGAGCCUCCGCUGUUCCUCAUCUCGGAGCCCUCCGAAGAGGCAUGGAACGAGGUGAAGCAUAUCCUUCUGGAGAGAUACGGAAGCCCCCUGCAUGCCUGGCGCGAGCUUGAUCUUGAUGGCCAGAACGAGGUGUCUUGGACGGAGUUCGUCGCCGGCUGCAGGAGAGUCAGAUUCAAAGGCGACGUUGGAGCAGCAUGGAGAUACAUAGACAACGAUGCUUCUGGAUACAUCAGCAUGGAAGAGUUCAGCCCGGACAUUUACAAUGUGCUUAUGUCAUUUAAGCAAUGGGCCUCAAGACUGUAUGGAUCGGUCGGGAAUGCCUUCAAGAACUUCGACAAAGAAGGAAACGGCACCUUGACCCUGCACAUUUUGAGGCGCUGUUGCCAAAAAGGGAAAUGGAGUGGGGACGCACAGGAGCUCUUUCAGUGUGUCGGGCCGACGAGUUCUCGGCAGGAUCCGAGCAAAAAGCUGAUUACGGUGGAAGACGUAGCCUUUUUGGACUUGUGGCCUGACCGGGAGAAGGACGACAAGGUGGAAGAUGAGGAGUCCUGUGGAUCUCCAUCCCCCAAGAGCGAUUCCCACCCUCGACUCUUCAAAAAGCCGGCACCACCGCCGGUCCCGACAAGCACUGCCCGUUCGACUCCAAAGCUUGCCAGACCCGAGACGACCAGCUCGCUGCGGAAGGAGCAGUCUGCAGUGCUCGCAGCUUCAUCCCCGCAAAAGGCCGCACAAAUUCAAAGGACAUACAACUGUUGCCGCUCUCUGCAAAGAAGGGGUUACCAGCAGCGCCAUCACAAGUAUGCAUCAAAGAGCAAAUUGCCUUGGCUGGACAAACUGCAUCGACUUUGUCAUGAAGCUCCGAUGGCUUUCGAUUCGUCGAAGGACCGAAGUGAUGUAUCCGCAGAGGUGCCCAUCGGCAAUCUCGACACCACUGGAGCACCCGGACAAAGAGGAUGUCGUUGUUCUGCCUUUGCGUUCGUGGGUGGGCAGAUCGGGCAGGAUCAGCUGCGGAUGCAUGACAUGAGAGCAAACGCCUCUGGAUCAGAGCGUUUCACCGGCUGGGAGCAACCUCUGCUGCUAAAGCAGCAUGAGGACUGCCCCUCAGCGAAUUAG